AUAUAAAAUUGAUACUAUUAUUGUUCACUCUGCCAAUUCAAUGAAAAAAAGUGCUCUAUCAGUCAGUCUCUCUCACUGUUAAGUUAUUAACAACUUCCACGUACAUUCUCAACAUUUAAUAAACAUACGGAGAGAGUAACAAGAAUUUAAGGAGCAGCCCCAAAAUUUAACAGAAAAAUAUUUGGUGAAAAUUUAGUGUUUUUUUAAUUAAUUAAAAAAAAAAAAAAAAAACAAUGGAAGUGAAAGCUAGAGCUCCAGGGAAAAUCAUACUGGCCGGAGAGCAUGCUGUGGUGCACGGAUCCACGGCGGUGGCUGCUUCCCUUGACCUCUACACCUAUGUUUCUCUUCGAUUUCCCACUCCCUCUGACAAUGAUGAAUUUUUAAGACUCCAACUCAAGGAUUUGGCAUUAGAAUUUUCAUGGCCAGUUGCUAGAAUCAAAGAUGCACUACCUGAAGCAGGAAGUUUGCUCUCUUCAAAACCCACUUCAUGCUCAAUAGAGACCAUGAAAUCAAUUACAGCACUAGUUGAAGAGCAAAAUAUUCCGGAAGCAAAAAUUGGACUUGCUUCUGGAGUUUCAGCUUUUCUCUGGCUGUACUCCUGUAUCCAUGGAUUUAAGCCUGCUACGGUGGUUAUCACCUCUGAGCUUCCUUUGGGUUCAGGCUUGGGUUCAUCUGCCGCAUUUUGUGUUGCACUCUCAGCUGCUCUGCUUUCUUUCUCGGAUUCAGUGAGUUUGGACAUGAGCCAGCAGGGGUGGUCAGCAUUUGGGGAAAGUGACCUCGAAUUGCUAAAUAAAUGGGCUUUUGAAGGUGAAAAGAUAAUCCAUGGAAAGCCAUCUGGACUUGACAACACAGUCAGCACAUAUGGCAACGUGAUCAAAUUUAGGUCUGGUAAUUUGACACUCAUCAAGUCCAAUAUGCCACUCAAAAUGCUCAUUACAAACACCAAGGUUGGGAGGAAUACAAAGGCAUUAGUUGCUGGUGUUUCAGAGAGGACCAUAAGGCACCCAGAUGCCAUGAGUUUGGUGUUUAAUGCAGUUGAUUCUAUCAGCAACGAAUUGUCUACCAUUAUCCAGUCACCAGCCCCUGAUGAACUCUCCAUAACAGAGAAGGAAGAGAAGAUAGCAGAGUUAAUGGAAAUGAAUCAAGGUCUUCUCCAGUGUAUGGGAGUCAGCCAUGCUUCAAUAGAAACUGUUCUUAGGACAACAUUGAAGUACAAGUUAGCUUCCAAAUUGACAGGAGCUGGGGGUGGAGGCUGUGUUCUGACGCUGUUGCCAACCCUGCUAUCAGGAACAGUUGUUGAUAAGGUAAUUGCGGAGCUCGAGUCAUGCGGCUUCCAAUGUUUGAUUGCAGCAAUAGGUGGGAAAGGUGCUGAGGUUAGCUUUAGUGGUUCAUCCUGAUCUUCCUUAUUUAUGAAUAAGAGUAAAAUCCCUGAUGUCAAAUAAUAAGCAUGAAAAUGUGUGCUUUGCUGAAACGUUUUCCUCUUGAUCUAUCUUUUCUGUACAAUAAUUGUGUCCUUAGAAUGAUUAAUUUAAGUUAAUUUAUGAUUUUUUU